AUGAGUGACGCUGUAGAAAUCCUACAAUCAGUCCAGAUAGGUUUAAAUGUCGUCAUAUUUCUUCUCAACACUGAUCGUGGCCCACAAGCGACUGAGUUAUGUAAUGAAUGUGCAAUUCUACUUCAAAACCUUGACUGUGGUAGUCACCUUGAUAUCUCCGAUGUAAUAUCCAAUGUAUACUAUGCCAUCUCAGGUAACACAAGUGUGGAAAGAUAUACCAAAAAACUUCUUUACACGUUGCACCACGCUGGAAGACUAACCAUUCAACUGGGAGACAAAUAUCAAGCACAGAGCCGGUUUGUAGAGGCAAAGCAACUUUUCAAUAGCGCACUCAUCAUCAUGCAAACGAUUGGUCACAAAGGAGACGAAGUAAUGGCUCAUGAAAGACUGGGAAAUGUAUGUAAGAGCUUGAGUGAAAUUCAGAAGGCAAAAAAACACCUCGAGAAAGCACUCACCAUCGCGAUAGAAAUUGGCGACAGGCAAAGACAAGGAGCAAGUAACGGGAACCUCGGAAAUAAGGCUAAAGAAUGUCACGAGAGAGCACUUGCCAUUGCGAUAACAAUUGGCGACAGACGAGGAGAAGGAAAAUUUAGCGGGGACCUCGGAAAUGUGCUUAUUACCCUCGGCGAAUAUCAGAAGGCUAAAGAAUAUUACGAGAAAGCACUUGUCAUUGUGAUGGAAAUUGGCGACAAACAAGGAGAAGGAGUAAGUAACGGGAACCUCGGAAAUGUGUUCGAUUCCCUCGGCGAAUAUCAGAAGGCUGAAGAAUAUUACGAGAAAGCACUUGUCAUUGCGAUGGAAAUAGGCGACAAACAAGGAGAAGGAGUAAGUAACGGGAACCUCGGAAAUGUAAAGCAAAAGAACAUUGUGAGAAGGCACUUACCAUCAGCAGAGAAUGUGGCCUUAGAAAUGUCGAAGCGAACAUUUACAUAA